AAAUACAUUUUGUUUUGAUUUUGUGCCGCACAGUUUUCCAUGCGACAAUUUUCUUUCUCUGGAAUCGGUUAUCUGCAUGAAAAUUAGUUAAAAGAUGAUUGCUUCGGUGUUUAAUUCGUUAGGUUUAUUACAGCGAAACCUCGUUCUUACCGGUUUGCACCAAGUGCGUAGCAAAAAUUAUCUCAACAGACCUCGAUUACGAAACCCGAUUUGGUUCGUCAAGAAGGAACGCACGCUGCACGAUGAUCAUUUAACGCCGGAGAACAAAACAUUUGUCAAAGAAGUGCUCCACAGCAAAUUUGGUCCACCAGCCAUUAUCAAAGGGGUACUUACAUACGAUCAGAAAAACGAUAUCAGCAGUUCUCUCAUCAAUACCGAGGAACUUCCACCAGUUCAGUGGCAACCCGGCCUCAAACGAACCGGAGUGAUCGCGCGGAAGAUUGGCCAGUAUCCGCUGUGGAAGAAAGACGGAACCAAGAUUAGAACCACUUUGUUGCAGAUAAUAGACAAUCAUGUCGUCAAAUACAUACCACCAGAGGAAUUCAAACCUGCCCAGGAGCCAAGGCAGAGACGCAACUGGCGUAAACCAUACGGUUGUUUGAUGGUGGGAGCCCAAAGUAUGGACCCUUCUCUGUUGACCAAGGAGUAUUGUGGCCUGUUCAAAGAUUCUGGCGUAAUGCCCAAGCAACACCUGUGUAGGUUCAUAGUUUCACCAGAAGCUAGGCUACUUCCGGGUACACCUCUAAAUGUGACACAUUUCCGGGUUGGAGAUUAUGUGGAUGUUCGUGGAAAAACGGUUGAUCAUGGCUUCCAGGGUGUAGUUAAGCGUCACGGUUUUAAGGGUAUGCCAGCAUCACACGGUGUAACCAAGACCCAUCGAAAACCUGGAAACAUCGGAGCAGGUGGCAACAAAGCCCGUGUUUGGCCGGGAACGAGACUCCCAGGGCAUAUGGGUAACAGAUGGCGAGUCCUUAGAGGGCUCAAGAUAUGGCGUAUCAAUACCAAGUACAACGUCAUGUGGGUUCAGAGCGGAAACAUAGCCGGCGAUACUAACGGGCUCGUUUAUAUCUAUGAUACUAUCCUGCCACUGAGGAAAUACCAAGAAGCUCCAGCAUUUCCAACGUAUCUGCAGACCGAAAAUGAUUCAUAUGCCGAUGAGGAUAUAUGGCAUGAAGAAAUUCAUAAUUUCAAACAUGGUUCUAUAACAUUUAAAGAAGAAUAAAUCCCAAUUUAACAGGCUGUUCUUUAGUAA